GAACAUACUAUUUCUUCCAAUUCGACAUGUAUUACCCAGUUUUCUUCUUAUCUGCCCUUGUAGCUUAUGCUACUGCUUCUGUAGCAAAUGUUGGUAACAUCGUUGCUCAUGAGCUUGACAGUAGAGCAGAAAUGGGAGAAGCCCUGAUGCUCUAUGGUUAUAACCCUCCUCGUGUAAACCCCGACUACUGCGUUGGUUUUCAGAUUGACUAUCCUACUGCUCCUGGUCAAGUCUUCGAAGUCAAUUCCCUUCAACAACUUCACUGGUCGAUUGAUCAAGACAUUAAAGGAUUUAAACCUGAUGCUAUUACCCGUAUUCGUAUCCUCAACUCUACUCAACACAACCAAUAUGUUAUCGGAGAAAAUAUCCCUUUGAUCGUCCAAGACAACAGAGGAUCUGCAAGCUUCCCUCUUGCCGUCAAGGAUGUCACUGGAUACUAUCAUUACCGUAUCAUGGUUAACUAUCCUGGCACACCCACUCACUGCGUUUAUGAAUCUGUUCCCUUUAUGAUCGUCCAAAGUCCUUUCAAGAAAUAUAAGGCAGCUGGCCCCAUUCAACCGGACAGCGAAAAGGGUCAACUUUAUCAAACUUUGCCUGUUGGACUUUAUGUUCAACAUGACUAGUGUCCUUUUUUUUGUUUUGAAACAAAUAAACUUUCUUACUCUC